CAAACAAAAUAGUUAAAUACAAAUGUCUAGUUUUGAGUGAAUUGUACCAAGACUGAAUACACCAUUUUCCUGCAUAUUAUUUUGACGAAAUGUUUGAACAAAGUUUCAUUUUUCUGCAUUUUACAAAGAUUCAGAAGGUUUGCCAUGAUAAGGGAGAAUCUGUGAAGGAGGGCGAUACUUAUGGAGUGGAAAUCGAAGUCCAAGGACAAAUAGAUACAGAGACAAUUCCUUCCAAGAUCAAACUUACUGGUGAAGAAUCUGCAGUAGUGUUUGAUUUAGAAACAACAGGUUUAUCAAGGAACUCUGACAUUACUCAGCUGGCAGCAUACGACGGCAGCGACAUUUUUAAUCAGUACAUAAUGCCAUGCCAAAAAGUAUCUGCAACAGCUUCUUCUAUAACAGGAUUGACUUAUGAUUUCCAUUCAAACCAGAUGUAUCAUCAUGGAAAACCAGUCAUCAGUAAAGAUGUUCGUGUUGUUUUGUUGGACUUCAUCGAGUACCUUAGUAAGAAGAAGAAACCAAUCCUUUUUGGUCAUAACAUUGCAGCUUAUGAUGUACCAGUUUUACUGAAAAAGUUACAAGAAAGUCAUUUGCUGUCAGAAUUUCUUCAACAUAUAACAGGCUGCAUUGACACAUUGAAAUUAGCGAGAAGAAAGUUUAGCAAAAGUGAAGUUGGAAAUUACAAGCAACAGAAUCUUGUUUCAAAAUUACUUGGCAAAGAAUAUGAUGCACAUGAUGCAAGUGCUGAUGUAACAAGUCUUCAUGAACUUCUUGGACAGCUGAACUAUUCUGAAAAAGAUAUUUUUGCUUUCAAUGUGACAGCAUUGACGGACACUUUCACCCCAUUAAUGAGAGCAUCUCUUAUCACCAAACCAACAGCUAGGCGAUUAGCACAAUGUGGACUUUGCCUGAGACACCUUCAGUUAGCAUUCAAGAGAGAUACUGAAAAUGGACUGAGAUAUGUGUUGUCAGAGCAUGGAUUUAAUGCAAAAACUGUCAAGGCUGUCACAAGUUUCUUAACAAACAAAGAGGAAUGAUAACCUAAUAUGUAUAUUGGUGUCUAGCCCAAAUAAUUCAAGAAUGGCUACACCUCCUGCUUGAAAUCUGCUAUGAAUAGUUUAUAAUAAGACCACAUGAUCCUAUGGUACACUUGUAAUAAUGUAUUGUUAAAAUCAGUUUUUAACAUGUCAGAAAUGAGUUAAUGAAAUUUACAUUGGGUCCAUCCAUUCCAAUCUGCACUAGCUUACUUGCAGUUGCAUUCAGUUCACUAUGAAUAACACCUUCUUGAGUUACAUGUCAUUUGCUGUGGCAUGACCAGGAAAUUGAUAAUCAAAAUAUCUUGUUUUUAGAAAAUUUUCCUCUUCAUCCAAAAAUCAAACAUUACAUGCAUAACCAUGUGUUUAUUAGCCUGCGAGUCAAGCAAUUUGUCAAAAAGAACUGAGUAUUUAUCUUCUGAUCAUUCACUAACAAAUGCUCUGCUGUUCUGAAGGCAGCUAUAAUAUACAUGUGAAUUUGUUCGCAAUGUUACCGUCAGGAAACAUGAGGGGAAAUAAUUUAGAAAUGUCAAAGAACUGUUUUACUGUUUGCAAAUCAAGAGUCAAAAGUGUUUCAGCACGUACAUGUUGAGUAUUAGCAGGUUUUACACACUCUGUCGGUUGAGCUAUAUAGCUGUAAAGUCCUACCUGCUUUUUUUUAGCUAUUUUCAUGAAAUGCAACCUCAAUAGAUGUUUUAUGCGACUUUGCUGCAAUUUAAUGAAAAUUCAAAUGUGAAAUCAAAAAAUAGCACAAUGCAGCUAUAAUUUAAAUAUGGAUAUAGCUAUAUAGCUCAACCGACAGAGUGUACUGGACCUAAUUAUUAAGAGCGACAAAAUCACUUUGUCACCAGCAGCACGAGCAUUAGCUGAAACCGAGAAACGUACUUAAAGCAUUCGCUGUAGUUUCGGGGGUUUUCGUAGGCUGAGUAUUAGCGUGUUCCUUUAAAAAAAAAACGAAUCUGGGCUCGAAUCGCUUGCCCACAGAAUGGUUUGUUUGUAGCAGUAAUGCAUGCUCCCCCAUCUUGCCUAGGUUGCGAACGAUACAUUUUGCCACGUCCUUGACGCCUUUAAAUUCUCUGGUCGGUCUGGCGAACCAUUGAUCGCAAGCCACUUCCGAUUAAAUGCACACUUUCCCUAUUCUGACCGUACUGUUCGUUCAGAAUGCGGCUCGUCCAAUUGUUUUUUCCUAAUCUUUAUCGCGAAGAAGCUUCAAAUUUAAAGUAUGGACACCAAAGGUAUCAAACGUAAUAAUGACCCGGAAUAGUAUCAGUAGUAUUGGAAACAGAAGCCGGUAGAUGAUUUCCGGAAUAUUAUACCCCCUCACAUUUUUGUUUGUUUUUAUUUUGUUUUAUACAUUUUACGACCAUUUAUUCAUUUCACGACCGUUUAUUUUUUAAAUAUCUUUAAAUCUUAUGCACAAAGUGGCAUCAUAACCUUGAUAUAACAGUGUUUUCAUUAGUUUUUAGGGUUUGUCAAGACAGUUACUGAUUUUUAAGGUUUUUAAAGGCUUUUUACAUAGUUUUUAUUUAAUUUUUUUAUUUUGACAUCUUUUUCAAUGAUAAUUAAAAUGUGUGCGAACCAUGUUUUCAAAUAUAUUGAUCAAAGUAAUAUUUCAAGUUUAAGGUUAUAUCUCGAUACAUGAGAUAGAGACUUCAAAUUUGGUCAAGUGAAAGUCAAGGUCAAAACUAUAUCAGGUCAAGGUCAUAUUUCAAGAUUUAAGGUCGUAUAUACUACAGAAGUACUUGUCCUCCUUGAAAGGGACUGUGUUGGCAAUACACAUCUUGUUCAUAUGUACAAUUGUAACUCAUUCAUAUACAAUCUGUUCUAAAAAUAGCACCAUUCCAGCAGCAUGUCUUUAUAUUCCCAACUCUGUAGACUAAAAAGUAAGAAAGAAACAUGAUCUCAUAUUCCUAUCAAAUAUUUACAAUACAAAUGACUUUAUAAUUUUAGUGUUUCAAAAACUAUUAAAUGACAGAUUUUCAGGAUAUAUUCAAAAUAAUUGCCAGUUUACCCUGUUAGAAAAUGCAAAAUUUGCCAAAUUUUGUCAUUUUUUUCCUGUUUUGGUAGAUUUACCAAAAUCAAAACUCAAAUUUAUCAUUUUGCAUUUGAAAAAUAUGUCUUCUGUCCUAACUUUCG